AUGUUCCUCCAUAUCGUUGACGCUCUGAAGACAGUGCGAUGUCCGUCAACCACGCAGCGAAGUUGACCCUCAAGUCCUACCUUGAGCUCCCCCAGCCCAAGGAUAAAGUUCAGGUGACUUACAUCUGGAUCGAUGGUACGGGCCAAGGUCUCCGCUGCAAGACGAGAACCGUCGACGCAGAGCCAACGAAACCGAGAGAUCUGCCCAUCUGGAAUUUCGAUGGAUCAUCAACCGGACAAUCGAGCGGGAAGAACUCCGACGUCUAUCUGUACCCUGUCGCCAUUUACAAAGACCCCUUCCUAGGUGGCCCGAACAAAUUGGUCAUGUGCGAAACUUACACUUUCGAUAAGCUGCCACAUCCCACCAAUAAGCGCUCUCCCUGUGCCGAAGCUGCAGAGGCAUGCAAAGCGGAGAAACCCUGGUUCGGAAUCGAGCAGGAAUACACUCUCCUCGACGUCGACGGUCAUCCCUACAUGUGGCCGAAACAAGGAUUCCCGGGACCUCAAGGACCGUACUACUGCGGUGUCGGCGCCAACAAAGUGUCUGGUCGGGAUCUCGUCGAGGCUCAUUACCGAGCUUGUCUUUACGCUGGAAUCAACGUCGCCGGGACGAAUGCAGAAGUCAUGCCUUCUCAAUGGGAGUAUCAAGUCGGACCAUGCGAGGGAAUCGACGUCGCGGAUCAGCUCUGGGUCUCCAGAUACAUACUGCAGCGAUUGGCUGAAGACUUCGGUAUCGUCGUGAGUUUUGAUCCGAAACCGAUGCCUGGCGAUUGGAACGGUGCCGGGGCUCAUACGAAUUUCUCCACCGCGAGCAUGAGGAACCCGGGUGGAAUCUCGGCUAUAAUGGCGGCCGUUGAGAAGCUUUCCAAACGUCACGAACAACACAUCAAAGCGUACGAUCCCAGCGAGGGUCGGGACAAUGCCAGACGUCUGACCGGAGCGCAUGAGACCGCUCGCAUCGAUCAAUUCAGUUCAGGGGUUGCUCAUAGAGGCUGCUCCAUCCGUAUUCCGAGACAGGUCGAUGAGGACAAAUGUGGUUACCUCGAGGACAGGAGGCCCUCAUCGAAUUGCGAUCCGUAUUCCGUCGUCAACAUCAUGCUCAGAACAUGUUGUCUGAACGAAUAAAGCUCCUCCGAAAUGCGUCGGCAUGCUCAGGACAGCAUGUUCGAUUUAGAGCUGCGCUACUAUUUGAGGGUUCUCGCACAUUAAGCACACAUACCCUCUGAGGAAAUUCAAACUUUAGUCGACAUUUAUUUCUGGUGUGAAUGAUGCGGAAAUGUACAGUUGUAUCAUCGGCCUUUGAAUCGGAAUGACUACUUUCUUCCUACCUGUCGACGUUUUCCAAGGACCCUGCUCCUGAGGCAACGUCAAUCAUUCGCGAAUCCGGAGGGAUCGCUGCGCACUGUUUGCUUAUCACCGCCUUGUUACGAGAUGACUUUCAUCGGACGCGUACAUGUUGAAACUGUUCGAAAUUGUGGAUCAUUUCAAUAAACAACAAUCCAUGU